AUGGCCGCCGUCUCUGCGAAGGGGACGACCCCCACGCCCGUGCGCUACAGCGCACCGCCUCCGGUGGUGAGGUAUAGCCCUGGGGCUUCAUCUCUGCCACAACCGCAAACUGGGUCAUGGCCCCCUCUGCGGCCUGGCCCCGUGCGUGUGCUGGCGCAGACGACUCCAAGUCCGUCUGUCAGCAACCUCCAGCCAUUUCCUGCCCAUUCUGUGCCGCCCUCGCAGCGGUCGACUCCCGCUCCGUCGUACGUGCCCUCCGUGUCCUCCUACGUUGCGGGCGCGCCCCAAAGCCCAGCAUCGCAGACAACGUGGAUCUCCUCCCGUGGUCCCAGCUUUGGGCACGGCUCUCCGAGCCAGCCACGACUUGUGGUCAAGGAGAAGCCGAAGACCUUCUGGCUUGUGGAACUCAAGGAGCGUCUCUGGCCGGAGAUCUCUCGCUAUAUGGGCCAGGAGAUCGUCGGGAACUUCCAGGCCACCGGUGCUCCGAAUCGAGAGAAGAUCCUCCAGGACAUGGUCCAGAAGCUGGAAGCGAAGCCUCUGCAGCUGCCCAUCGAGUCCAGCUGGACGAACUUCCUGAUGAAUCUGGUCUGGCCAGUGAUCGGCCCAGAGUUCUCCGCUGCCAUGAAGGACAUCAUUGCCCCAAAGCUUCACAACAAGUUGUCCUUCCUCGCACCAAUUACGGUGGAGGUAGACCUGGGCCCGGUGCCUCCAGAGUUUGGUGAGGUGGAAGUACUCGAGGACACAGAGAUGGGCUCCUUCAUGGAUUUGAAGCUGCACUUACACUGGCACGCGAAGCCCAAGAUUGUGGUUACUUGCAAACUGGGCACCGUCGAGCUUCCCAGCAUGCAGUUGGGCUGUACUUUCUAUUUCGGCUUCCACAACAAGGUGCCAGAGCCGCCGUUCUUCGAUGCGGUCUGCAUGUACAUGGGCAAUGCCUUUAUGCAUGCUCGAGACGUCCUCGGUACGGAUCUAGCCAUGGACGAUCCUUACCUUGGCAUGGACUUCACCCACGGAUGGACUGGCCUUGAUUCCAGAUUUGUAGAGGAUGCCAUCGUUGGUGCUGUCAACGGCACGUUCGGACCAUGGAUGGUGCUGCCUCAGCGUGUGGUGAUGCCGAUGCGUGACUUCCCGUUCAGCUUCGACCUUGGGAAUCCGAUGCCGAAAGGCUGCUUGAAGCUCACAGUGAAAGGAGCCCAUGGCCUGGUCGGCACGGAGUGGAAGAUGGCGUCAAUCCUUACUGGCAGCAGGUCCAACGACCCGUACGUGACUGUCGACCUCGGGGGAACAGCGGAGCGCACGCUCAGGACUCCGACGUGCUACAACACGCUUGAGCCGGCGUGGAAGGACCACAACUCGUUCUUUUUCGUCAUCGAUGCCUUGCGAAUACAGCAUUUGAACUUCCGCAUCUGGGACGACGGAUUUAUGCAGCAGCUGCGAGAGCAGCAUUUGGGCGUGGCCAGUGAAGGGGAUGAGAUGGCGAGAAAGCUGGGGGUUCGCGUUCUGGACCUCUUCGGUGUCCAGUCAUUAGACUACUUUGAGCGUGAGCGGGAGGUUGAGCGCACCUGCGAGCUGGAGCAGGGGUGGCCAGGCAAAGAGCACCCGGACCCGGAAAACGGGGGCACUGCGAAGCUCGAGCUCGGCCUGCAGUGGAGACCCAUCUCGCAAUCCGUCUCAGCUCAGUUGCCUCCAGAUGUUUUCCUGGACGACGAGGAGGGAAGCGAAGAAGAAGAGGAAGAGGUCCGCUGGCCCCUGUUCGUCCUGCGUGUGGGCGUGCAGCAUUUGGAGAUGCGCCACUUCACGGGCCGAAGGACCGACCAGUUCUUCGCACGCUGCACCAUUUUACCGGGAUUGGAGCCGACGGGCGCCACCUGCAAAGAGCCCCAGGAGGGGGUGUCCCAGCGGACCUCCGACCGGGUGGUUGCGGCAGCGCACCCUGUCGCGCAGAAGUCCGAGACGGUGAGCAGGAUGAGCGACGGAAUGCUUGGUCAGGCAACCAAGUAUGCAACCUUCGAGCAGAGCUUCCGGUUCUUCAUCCGCAAUGCGAAGCCGACGAAGGUUCAUAUUGCCUUCUACUCGUCUACAGAUCUCAAGCCGGAGGAGGAGUUGCGAAUAGGCGAAGUCACGAUGGAAUUGAACUCCGUGCUCCUGCAGCACAACUUGAUCAUGGAGUUCAAGGACGAGGAGCUGACAAACUGGACUGGCGCCGCCUGCCCGCGCUUCUCCGGACAGUUGCAAUUGUGGCACAUCAACAACAUGGCGCCCAAGAAGUUGGCCACUCAAGCCUCGCUGACGAAGACGGUAAGUGGAAGGCAGAAGCGGGAGGCGGAACGCUUCGCAUUCCAAGCCUCCCAGCUGCGUGCUCAAGCGGAGGCUUUGGAGCGGAAAGCUCGUGCCUGCCACAGCGAGGGUGGUCGACUGGGUCGACGACUUCAAGCAGCUGAGUCCGGGUUGCGGGUGCGGAUCGUGUCGGCUCGUGGGCUCCGUGCCGCGGAUUUUAACCUCAUGAACUGGGGCACCUCCGAUCCGUUCUGCACCUGCGAGGUCGUCGGGCAGCCCGGCGCCUCCUUCAAGACGCAUGUGAUCGACAAAUGCUUGGAUCCGUGCUGGGAUUUCGAAGGCAAGUUCCCGAACUACAAGGUCGGGAGUGCGCUGAAGUUGACGGUCUAUGACCAAGACUGGAACUACAAGAACGAUUUCUUGGGCAGCGCGACCCUGGAAGCAUCAAAGUUCCACCCCAAUGGCUUCGUCGGGGAGCUCAAGCUCGAGAACCCGGAGGGCCUCGAAUCCUACAUUCAGGUGAAGGUUUCGAACCUGGCAGGGGAGUUUCCAGCCUCCGCGGACGAUCUGGCCGACGACGCAUCCAACGUCAAGGUGAAGAUUGUCGGCGGGAAGCAUCUGUUGGAAGCUUACUCCGGCGUGCUGGGAAGGACGGCGUGCAACUUGUACUGCAAGUGUGAGAUUCCAGGCCGGCCAAUGGCAUCGUUCACAUCGCAGACUGUGGAACACUCCGAGUUUCCCGAGUGGAACUACGAGCGACGCAUAGCAGCUUACAAGCCAGGAGACCUUCUGCAUUUCACCAUCUUCAACGAGAGCCGCGGGAGCAAGGAUCUCGCGUUGGCAACCUGCAAGGUGGCAUCAGAUAUGUUCCACCCGGGUGGCUUCGCCGGAACAGUGGAGCUCCAGGUUGCAGAUGAGCCUGGCUGGGCACCGAAUGCCGCGCCCCUGAGGCAGCUGAAGCAGCAGAUUGAAACCUCCGAGCAAAAGCCAGUCCUCGAGCUGAGGAUAUCGGACUCCACGGGCCGUUACCCAAAGACAGCUGCUGCAGAGUCCAGCAAGCUGCAGGUCCGAAUUCUGAGUGGGCGUGGUCUGAAAGCGAGUGACAGCUACCUCGUCGGCGAGGCGACUUCGGACCCCUACUGCACGUGUGAGGUGCAGGGCCGAGCCACCAGCCGCUUCCGCUCGCAGACGAUUGAGCGGUCCUUGGCCCCGCAGUGGAACUAUCAACAUCGCGUUCGUGGCUACCAGGAGGGCGAUGCCUUGAAGUUCACUGUCUACGAUGAGGACUACAUGUCCGAAGACGACUUCCUGGGAUCUGCUGUCUUGGAGGCCAAAGCCUUCAGAGAAAAAGGCUUCGUUGGAGAGCUGCGGCUGGACACCGGGGACGAAAAGGAUCAGUCCUUCAUCAAGGUGGCGGUCUCCGAUCGCGAGGGGAACUUCUCCGAGCCUCUGGACCUGGGAGCGAAGGUUGCUCUGGAGGCGGGUGGCCUUCUGAGACAGCUCGGGAGCCUUCUCUGCUCUCGCGUUUGUGGGGUUCUCUGA